UGGCUGUGGAUGUAAUUAACCAUUUUCGGCGCAAUUGGUGAGGGUUUUCCGGAUUUUAAAAAAAAAAAUUUAUUCACAACUCAACAUGUCACAGACACAGAGGCAUUUGAUUUGAUCACACUGGAGCAAAAUAGCUCGUAAUCUGAAUGGUGAUGCCAAGACUAACAACGUUGUUGAAUAACAGCCUAACCGUCAAUCAGGCAAAGCAAAUCCAUGCACAAAUCCUCAUAAACGGUCUCAAUAACCACUUGGAACCUCUCUUAGUCCGCCAAAUCACCCUCUCAACUUCCACUCACUCUAGAAUUGUUGCUCAAGCUCAAUAUCUAAAACUAAUUCUUUACCAAUUGCAAAACCCGGAUGCUUUUUCUUGGGGUUGCACAAUUCGGUUCUUUUCCCAGCACGGCCAAUUCAAAGAAGCUUUUUCGCUUUAUGUUCAAAUGCACAGACUAGGUCUGUGUCCAACCACUUUUGCUGUUUCUUCUGCUCUAAGAGCUUGUGCUAGGAUUGAGUGUAGGAUAGGUGGAGUUUUAGUACAUGGUCAAGUUCAUAAAUAUGGAUAUUGUAGCUGUGUUUACGUGCAAACAGCACUUGUGGAUUUAUAUUCUAAACUGUGUGAUAUGGUAACCGCACAGAAGGUGUUUGAUGAGAUGUUGGUGAAGAAUGUGGUUUCUUGGAAUUCUAUCUUAUCUGGGUAUUUGAAAUCUGGUAAUUUAGCUGAAGCUCAGAGGGUGUUCGAUGAAAUUCCAAGGAAAGAUGUUAUAUCUUGGAAUUCAAUGGUUUUGGGGUAUGCGAGAGUAGGAAAUUUGGACCAGGCAUGCUCUUUUUUUCAGCAGAUACCGGAGAAAAACACAGCUUCUUGGAAUUCAAUGAUUAGUGGUUAUGUUGAUUGUGGGGACAUAGAAUCGGCAAGAAGCAUUUUUGAGGCAAUGCCUCAAAGAAAUAAUGUUUCUUGGAUCACAAUGAUUGCUGGGUACUCGAAAUGUGGGGAUGUUGAGUCUGCUCAGAAACUCUUUGAGCAGAUGGAUGAGAAAGAUCUGCUCUCGUUUAAUGCAAUGAUAUCUUGCUAUGCUCAAAAUAGCCAACCUAAGGAGGCCAUUCAGCUGUUCAACCAGAUGCUUGAACCAAAUGUAAAUGUUCGGCCAGAUGGAUUAACUUUGGCUAGUGUUACAUCUGCUUGUUCACAACUAGGAGAUUUCAAAUUUGGGCCUUCGGUUGAGUCAUAUAUGAAUAAGUUCGGUAUUGAACUCGAUGAUCAUUUGGCUACUGCUUUAGUUGACCUGUAUGCGAAGUGUGGAAGCAUUGAUAAGGCAUAUGAGCUGUUUCGUGGCUUGAGGAAAAGGGAUUUAAUUGCUUACUCUGCAAUGAUCUUGGGAUGUGGGAUAAAUGGUAAGGCAGUUGAUGCAAUCAAGUUAUUUGAAGAGAUGAUCAAUUCCCAUAUUUGCCCGAACUUAGUCACCUACACUGGACUGCUAACUGCCUAUAACCACGUUGGUUUGGUUGAAGAAGGCUACCAAUGCUUUAACUCCAUGAAGGACCAUGGACUUGUGCCUUCAGCUGAUCAUUAUGGAAUCAUGGUUGAUCUUUUAGGCAGGGCAGGACAAUUAGAAGAAGCAUAUGAACUAAUAAGGACCAUGCCCAUGCAACCUCAUGCUGGGGUUUGGGGAGCUUUGCUUCUUGCUUGCAGGUUACAUAACAAUGUUGAGCUUGGUGAGAUAGCUGCUCAGCAUUGCUUUGAGCUGGAGCCUGAUACAACUGGUUAUUGUUCUCUUCUCGCCAACAUUUAUGCUUCGGUUAAGAGGUGGGAUGAUGCCAAGAGAUUGAGAAAGGUUGUGGGCGAGAAGGGAUUCACUAAGAUACCUGGCUGUAGUUGGAUGGAAUCUAUUUGACUCUUCAUAAUUGGAAGAUCAGGCAUAUACCGCAUGCUUAGAGACCCCAAAUUGUACUAGAAUUCUAGUUUUUGUUGGCAACUUACGAAGUUGUUGGAGUCUUGCAUGAAUUGGGUUUACGUUGAAAAUGUCCCUAGGUUCUAUUCUAUCUGGGUAGGUUAGAUUAAAAGGACCAAGGCUAAAGCUAAGGAAGGAUAUAUUUUCCCUUUCCACCUUGAUGAUCCUAGUGUUGGAAAAUCCUCUUCAAUACGUUCGAAAGGAAUGCUUCUCCAUGGACCAUGUUCAACUCAAAAACACAAUUCAUCACUUGUUGGAAUCGUUUGAGGUAUGGAGGGUCUGCAAGUAACAAGAAUCCUAAAAAUAAUUCUGUUCAUUCUUUAAUUCUAUGGCCAAGCAAGGUGCAGACAUACAAGUUCUGAUGUUAGCAACUCCCCUUGUUUGUCUAAGAAAUAUAUUACUGUUUAUUUAGCACUUGCAGAUGUUUUUGAUGGUAACAUCUGUAGGUGUAUAUAAGAUUCUUAUGUAUUUCUUACCCCAAUCCUUGUCAAGUUCAAUAAUAGAGGUGCUUCAUUACAAGCAUGUCUGUAGAUA